AGAUAUUAAUAAAGGAAGUGAGAGGUGGGGGCUGCCCGUUCUCAAAUGCAGAAGUGAAACAGGGCAAAAGAGCUGCAUCAUUACACUGGCGACGUAACACCGCCAUUAAGAUUUGAAAUUAUCGCUCGAAAUAAGCCGAAAGGACGGCACAGAGGAGAGGAUAUUCCUGGAGUCAUGCUUGCUGAAGGUUUUCUCAGAUUAAUGUGCUACAGGGAGGAGAGGAAGUUCGCCACAGCUUCCAAAAGGAAAGGAUAUCAGACGAGCACGCGAUGUGCCGAUCCGCUCAGCUGUGCUGUCUCUGAGCCGAACUUUGUCAACCCACAGAUACAUUUGGCCGAAGAGUCAAACCAGGAAGAGCUGGAUCCCAACAAACCCCAGGGACUGAAAGUGGUCUCCGAGCCUCCAGGUCUCCUGAUUCCUGGGUGUUCGCCGGCAGCUGCCCUCCCACCCAUCUGCGUCGAAGACUGCAGCCUCCUGGAGCAUUACCCAGACCUGCAGGUGGCCGACUCAGGCCGCAUCUCACACAACAUCCCCAGAACCGUGGCCAACCAAGAGGACUUUCACUUUCAGCCUAAUGUCCCAGAGGCGUACCUCCAAACGGAGGCCAAACAAGAGUCCAUCCCAGACCAGGGGUACCUGGUGAUGGGGGCGAGUGAAAACAUCAGCUUGGAUCUGCCUGGUUUGGAGCCCGUGUCCAACUCUGUGUUGAAUUGGUUUCUGGAGAAACAGCUGGAGGAGGUUUACAUGCAACACCUGACCGACAACUUGGCCCGAUGCGACUCCCACUUUGGACACAGCCUUCUGCACGGCCUGGGUCCGCCACCGCAGCCCGGUUGCCAGUCACACGGGCCGUACUCACUGGAAGCCAGUCUGGAGGAAGGAUCCAGGGGGGACAGUGACGAGAAAAUUAGCUAUCUGAACACCCACAACUUAGUGCCCUGCUCAUCUACCUUCAGCUCUCCUAUGCUGAGGAUUUCGGAGGUGGACAAUCCUCAGCUUCAAGGGAACAAUCCAUCAAAGUAAUAAAAAUCAUGAUGCACAAUUUCUUUUUAAUAUCUGUGCCUGACAUUCAAUUUUUUAAACCCCAAUAGUGUAUAUAAAAGGAUUGUAUCAGUGGGUUUUGUGAUGCAAAGCCUUUUUCUUGCCCACUGAAAUGACGCCUGGAUCAGAGCAGCUUCCAUACGCCAUCUGCUGUUUGAUUCUGGUAUUACAUCUACAUCAACUUACAAGACAUUGAAUGAAUUGAAUUUCACAGGCAUUGCUAAAUUAAAUUAGGAGAUAUUUCAGUCAGUUGUUGCUUGCUGUUUUUAUACAUGAAUAAAUCAUCACUUUUUUCAACUUCAUCUUAGUAGCCGCACAUAUUUUGCUGAUUGAAAUUAUUUAUACACCAAGAAGAUUAAUAUUUGGGGAAAAAUUGUGGUUGAGAACAAGAAAGUAUAAAGGGAGCCGCUCACUAAUUCAGUCAUAGAUCAACACACUGAGCUCAUGUUUACAUGUUUUAUCACAUUGUUAUUACAAACUUCAAAAAGUACAUGUAAAGUACAGCGUGCCUUUUUUUUUUACAGCAUGUUUUACUCUGAUAA